GUGGCAUCAGAGAUACUCCCAUAGACAGCGGAGCUCGGACCCGUAGCCAGCAGGAGUGCGAUCUGAAAAUUACAUUUCUUUUUAGAAUAGGUGUUUAGAACCCGCCAAGGGGAUUUCUCACAAAAUAUGGGUCUUACCAUCUCGUCUCUCUUUUCCAAGCUUUUUGGCAAGAAACAGAUGAGGAUACUGAUGGUGGGUUUGGAUGCCGCUGGUAAAACCACUAUCUUAUACAAACUGAAGCUUGGAGAGAUUGUAACCACUAUUCCAACAAUUGGUUUUAAUGUAGAGACUGUGGAAUACAAGAACAUCUGCUUCACAGUGUGGGAUGUGGGCGGUCAGGACAAGAUCCGGCCGCUAUGGAGACACUACUUCCAGAACACGCAGGGUCUUAUCUUCGUUGUGGACAGCAACGACAGAGAGCGAGUGGCCGAGUCGGCCGAGGAGCUGUCCAAAAUGCUGCAGGAGGAUGAGCUGAGAGAAGCUGUCUUGUUGGUAUUUGCAAACAAACAGGACCUACCGAACGCCAUGGCUGUGAGUGACCUGACAGACAAACUGGGCCUGCAGAGCCUACGCAGCAGAACCUGGCAUGUCCAGGCCACCUGUGCCACACAGGGAACAGGUCUCUACGAAGGACUGGACUGGUUAUCCAACGAGCUGUCCAAGCGCUAAGGGAGGCCGAGCGGGCCUGGCGUGGAUGAAAAAGCAAGCGUGCGCGAGAGAGCCGAGGAUGAGAAUUUCAACUGAAAAAAACACACAAACAAAAAAAAAACUUUGUCUAAAUUGUCUGUGCGUCUGUCUGGUAGAACUUGAACUUAUGGACUUUACAAUCACUUCCUGUUGUGAAAUCUUUUAUUUUCUCUUCUUCCUAGCUGUUCCUACAGAUGUUUCUUAUUAUUUUUGUUUCUUUCAACAGUCAAAUGGCAUUUUAAGUUGCAUG